AUGGAGACGGAAGUAUCUCCUAGACGCGAACAGGACUUGUUCUACAUGCCACCAAAUACUGAAAUGAACCGCAUAUUAUCCAGAUAAACAGCGAGUAUGAGUAUCAGCGAUUAUAUUAUAAAGUUAAAAUAACUUUGUGACGUCAAAAGGGCGUUAUUAAAAGUAAACGUUAAACGCAAACGAGUCGCUGACGUUUUAAAAUGGACGCUAAUGAGAUGUUUGACACGAUGAUGCGGGAGCUAAAUGAAAAGAUCCUCUCUGAUGCUGAUGGAAGUGAAGAGCAGGAGAGUUUUUCUUUCCAUGAAGAGACGCAGGACUCAGAUGAUAUCCCCCCAUCUCUGCUCUGCUACUUUGAAGCCUCUAAAAGCAGAGCAGCAGUUUGUGAGAAGCUCAUCCUCGAGGAUCUUGAAGCCUCCCCUCCAUCACAUCACACUGAGGACAUGAUGAACUUUCCAUCUGAACUUGAUGAGGACAUGAUGAAACUUAAAAAGCAGGGCAUUUGUGAUGAGGAGAACGAGGAGAACAACACCUCCACUGAUCCCUUCGUUCUUCCUUCACCCACAGAGACAGAAGCACUUUUCACCGAUGUUGUUUCAGUGUGUCCCAACAACGAAGAUGAAUAUGUGGACAUAGAGAAGCAGUUGACGCUGCAAUAUGAGGCAGAGCGAAAGAAACGACACUGUGAGGAGAUGAAAAAAGAGGAGCGGAGGAGACAAAGAGAAAGAGACUUCCAGGAGGAGCUGCAGAAGAUAAUGGAGGCAGAGAGGCUCCACCAGAAGGAACUGGAGUUGAUGGGGAAGAGAGCUCAGGAGAAACUGGAACAAGAGCUUCUGUUUCAGCAGGAACUGAUCAGCAACUUACAGAGACGAGUGGAGGAAGAGAGGAAGAUGAGAGAGGAGGAGCAGAAGAGAAUAAAGGAUGAAGAGGACAAGAGGAGAAGGGAAGAGGAGAAAAUUAAGAUGGAGGCAGAGAGGAAAAGAAUGGAUAAAGAAAGAAAAAUAGAGGAGAUGAAACUUAAAAAAGAGGAAGACCAAAAGAGGAGAAUGGAGAGGGAGGAACAGAGGAAGAGGGAAGAAGAGAAACUUAAGAUGGAGGCAGUGAGGAAAAGAAUGGAGGAAGAGAUGAGGAAGGAAGAGGAAGAGAGAAAGAUAGAAGAGAUGAAACUUAAAGAGGAAGAGGAGAAGAGGAGAAUGGAGAGGGAGGAAAAGAGGAUGAAAGAAGAGGAGCAGAAGAGGAUGAAGGACGAAGAGGACAAAAUGAUAAGGGAAGAGGAGACAAAAAAGAUGGAGGCAGAGAGGAAAAGAAUGGAGGAAGAAAGAAAAAUAGAAGAGAUGAAGCGUAAAAAUGAGGAGGAGAAAAAGAGGAAAAUGGAGAUGGAGGAAAUGAGGAAGAUGAGGGAAGGGGAGCAGAAGAGGAUGAAGGAUGAAAAGGACAGGAGAAGGGAAGAGGAGACAAAAAAGAUGGAGGCAGAGAGGAAAAAAAUGGAGGAAGAGAUGAGGAGGAAGAAAGAGGAAGAGAGAAAGAUAGAAGAGAUGAAAUGUAAAAAUGAGGAAAGGAGGAGAAUGGAGGAGGAAAGACACAAGAUAAUAUUGGAAAAAAAGCAGCUGGAGGAUGAAAUCAGAAUGAUGGAGGAAGAAGAGAGAAAAAAGAAAGAAGAGGCAGAGAGGAGAGAGAGGAAAGAGGAGGAGGAAAGAAAAGAGUUGAAGGAGUCAAGGAAGAAGAUGGAGAGAGAUAAGAGAAAACUGGAGGAAGAAAUUAGCCUGAAGAAAAAAGAGGAGGAAGAGAGAAAAAAGAAGGAAGAGGAAAAUGUGAGAAUAGAGAAGGAGAUGGAGGAGGAGGAGGUGGACGAAAACAAGAAAGAGGUGAACAAAAAGACAGAGGAAGGAGGAAGACUCAAAGAGGAGAGCAAAGAGAGAAUGGUGCAGGAAAAGGAGGUGAAGGUGGAGGAUGAAGAAAACAGCCUGAUGGAUGAAAAUGAGAAAAAGAAUAAAGAUAAAACAGAAAACACUUUGGCCUCACAGCGAGGAGACGGCACCAGCUGGACCUCCUCCAGCUCUUUACACAGUGAGUCCACAACCAGUCCCACCAGUACUGAAACCAGACCACCACAACAUGACCCAGAGGAGAACAUCAGUCAGACCUCCACAGAUCAAACUGUGGACUCCACUGUGUCUGUGUUUUCAACCGUGUGUCUCCCAGAGCACACAGAAAGGAAGAGGCUGUCAUGGAUGAGAGACUGUGUCCCCUGGUCCAAACUGUCCCUCCGGAACAGGAGGAAGCAGAAAGGUUCUGUCCGGGGUCGGAGAGGGCCGAGAGGAGCUGCUGAGGCCGGCAGUCUGCCUCCUCUCUGUCCACACUCUCUGCUGCGGGCCACAGGCUGGAAAUCCCUGCAGGAGGUGACCACAGUGACCCUGGAGGACUUACCUGGCUGUAACUUAUCCACUCUCACUCAGUGUUCUCAGCUUCGGUCCCUCACGCUCAGACGCUGUGGCCUCAGAUCUCUGGACGGCAUCAAGCAGUUACCACAACUCUGCUACAUCGACGUACAGGAAAAUGACAUCUCAUCUGUCGACUGUGAAAAUAUGACCAGUUUACGGGUUCUUCAUCUCAGCCACAACAAGCUGACGUCCAUCCACGGUUUAACUGGUGCUGAAAAUUUGGAUGUUCUGGACCUCGCACACAACUCCAUCACUCGCAUUGCUGGUCUGGAGUCUGUGAGGAGACUGCAGAGGUUGUCAGUAGAUCACAACCAGCUGAUCAGCACCAAAGGACUGAGGGACAUUUACACUCUCCUGCACCUGAACCUCUCACACAACCACCUGGCAGCUGUGGAGGGGCUGGAAAACAGCGCUCUGCUCCACACACUGGACCUGAGAGCCAACAGCCUGACGGAGCCCCCGAAUCUGAACAACCAGGUUCUCCUCAGAGAGCUGCAUCUCGACGACAACAGCAUCUCCUCCCUGCAGAGCCUCACUGCGUGCUGGCUUCCACUCAUGCUACAUCUCUCUGUGGCCCAAAACAGAAUUACCCAGCUGCCCUCCAUGUCUGAUUCUGUGUCCCUCACAAAUCUGGAUCUUCGAUUCAACUGCAUGUCAGAGAUCCAGAACGUGUGUGAGAGUCUGGAGGGAUGUCAGUUCCUGCGAGAGGUCCACCUCACGGGGAAUCCUCUUCAGCAGGAGACGGGCUGGAGAUCCACUCUGCAGAAAGCAGUACCCGGCCUGAGGCUCAUCGAUGACCAGCAGACAGACUCUGUUCUGACGCCCCCUGUUGUUCAGCAGUUCAGCUCGGCCUCAGGCAGCUUCCUGAUGUUCUGCCAGACUCAGCUUCAGCAGACUCAGGAUUUACAGCAGCGGCAUAGCAGGGAGCUCAGUGAUGCCUCAUCUUCCCUGGAUGCUCUCAAGACCUCCUGCAGACAUUCAAGUGAGGCUCUGCAGCUGGCUGAGGAACAGAGAUUUGCCCAUGAAUAUGGUGACACGACUGUGACUGAUAAACACAGAGCUACAAGCCAAACAACACCGGAGGACACACCUGACGUGGACCAUAACAGCACUGAGAAGAGUACUGAGCUCCAAGGAAUGGAGUCCACUGGAAAAGUUCCACAGUUCGUCCCACACGGGGACAGACGCAGCUACUGGAGCUCUGAGGAGAAGUCAGCUGCAGAGAGUCAACAUAACGGAUUCCACUCUGUUACAGCUGGUCCAAAGACAGGGCUGACAGUAGGCAAAGCUAACUCUGGCAGCGUUCACUCAUCUGCAACAAGGGGAAAGACAUCUUCCUCCAGUCUUGACAUGGUACCUGUGUCCAACCAUCAAAACCUCCAAAGCACAGCAGCAGUCGUGAUUCAGCAGCUGUGGAGGAAAUAUAGACAGAAAUGUGGGAACUCCAGCAGCUCUUCCACAGCUGAGAAGGGAGGAGGAAGAGGAGGAGAUGGAGGAAAGCCAGAGUCAGGACCUUCCUAUAUUAACGGGAGCGUCGUUGGCAAGGAUUACGCAGCAACUGUCAUCCAGGCGUUUUGGAGGGGCUUCACUCUGAGGAGGAGGCUCGCAUCUGCUCUGGCUGCCGUCACAUGCUCCGACUCCGGAGAGGACGACACCUUUGAGGAGGUGGAUGUGGAUGAAUUUGUCUUUGAUGAGGCAGCGCUGGAGAAACAGUGGAUGCUGUCGCUUUCUGAGGACUCAACUCCCAGACGUUAUCCUGUGUCUGAGCAGCAGCCAUCUGUAAAGCCUCCUGUGCACUUUUUUGAACCCUCCCAGUGCAUCCUCCCCCCGCCGGCCGUACGGAGGCCAAAACAGGCCUGGGUGUCUGGAGAACAGGUGGACUCUGCAGGGCGGAGAGUUUCUCCAGAGAGCUCCAACAGAAGCAAAUCUCCUGCUUCAGCGUCGGUGCUCAGCGGUCUCUCUGAGAGAUCAGAAAAGAUUCUGGAAGAAUGGGGUUUCACUGACAGUAACACGGCUCUUCUGAUGCUCAAGAGGGCUCAGAAGAUGAAGCCAACGAAGCAGAAGAGACGCAGGGAUCCCUCCGUCCGUCUUGCCAUGUUCAGAAACUGCAGUUACCAGCUGGGUCCGGUGGAGGCUCGAAACAGGCCGGCACAACACAACAGGAAUGAUAUAAAAGUUGGCGAGGCUGAGCCAGGCCUUCAGCAGGCGGAGAAGGUGGAGCGAGUGAAGCAGGAACGAGCUCAGCAGUGGCUGCAAACCCAGGCUGCUCACUCUGACAGGGACUCAGAGAGUGUGCAUUUCUUACCGGAGAUCAGCUCAGACGUUCUGAACGGUGGCAGAGUGCAGCUCGUGGCCGACCCAGGAUACACAGAACGCCGACAUCACGCCAGAGGAUUGUGGGCCAACAACAGUUUAGCUGCUCAGCCUCGCAGAGAGAACAGUUAUCCUCGCAGAAACUCUGUGGGUUGUGCAAGGAAAGAAGUUCCAUCUCCUCAGCGAGUGACGUCUGCUCCGUCCAAAAAGGAGCGCAUCUCCUUCCGAGACAACCCUGUUGAGCUGAGCAGCGGCUGGGGAGGGGGCAAGAAGAGGGACAAAGUGUACAAGUAAAACACAAACGCUUCCACGACCACGUCAUCUAUUUUUGCUUUGCUGUCCUAACCCAACAGCAGAGCAACUUAAGGGCAGAUACGUUUAUAUUUCCCUCUCCUGAUCCUGACAAAGAACGUGGCAUUUUCAAAAGAUAUGUUCAUCUAGUUCAGGAAAUCAUAUUUAUUCUUUCUUUGGCUGCAGUAUAGUGCUAACAGCCUGUGUUGUGGUAUUAACAUGUAUUCAGAUGUAAUGACUCAGGAUUUAAACCAAUAGAUUUCAGUCUCACAAGCUUAUUUUUUUUCCGUCCAUGAAGACGACUCUGUAUUUUUAUUUUUAAUGCUAUUUUAUCGCCUGCCCCGAAUCCGCCUGCAGCUGUUCUUCUCAGCUGAAAACUCGAGCUCCCUGUCCUGAAAAUUAAUUAAGACCAAUAGGACCUGGACCAGCCCAAAUAUCUUCAGGCACUUCCAUUCUGUUGAUUCAGCUCGAGUAUCACCGCCUGAAUGUGAUCGCAGCCAACCAGCACCAAAACACAUGGAACAAAAUGACACGCUUCAUAUGCAAAUGAUGGCAGGAAAUCAGAACCAGGACCUUUAAUACCUGCGGACUCAUGUUUCUCUGGAUGCUGAACUGUUGUUUCUGUGCUCACAAAAAAAAAAAGGUAAUUAUAGUUUGUAUCCAUGGGAAGAGACUUGCUUUUUCCACUUCUCCUGUGCUCUCUUAAGAGUAAAGUUUAAUAAGCCCAGAGAUUUUAGUGCAAUUUCCCCAUUAUGUGGCUAAAUUUAGCUCCGGCUCGCCAACAGUGGGCUUGAAAUUACUGCUUUUAUGAGCCGAGCACAAACAUUGGUGUUAGAAUUAGAACGAUGUUUUCUUUAUUUUCAGUCGUGGAUUAUAAUGGCCUUGUCUGUGUAUUUGAAUUUGGAGAGCUAAGGCGUCCGUCCGCAAACACUGCCCUACCGGAGGCGGUGAACCUCAGGUUUGGAGGUUCUUCGCUGCUCCGCCGCCUGGAAAUGAUAACUUAAUGAAUGUCAAAACAAAUAGUCAGAGCUGCAGAGUGGCUCCCUGGCAGGAAAUGCACGUCUGCCUAUUUAUUUUCCUCCUAUCUUUCACUUGCACAUGUCUGGAGGGUGUGUUUUGACUGUACGCGAGCUGAUGGGGGAUUUUUGUCUUGGAGAGCGGCGUAUGCCAGAGAUGUGGUGGUCCUGCCCACUCAGGCGCUGUUGUGAAACCCAAGAGCGCCGUCCUCCUUCAGGGGGAGACUGAUUCUCUGGGCUCUCUGGGGGGCGUCAGGGGGGGGGGUUUCUCUGUCAUCAAACUGUCGUUCCACAGCUGUGGGACUGGAGAGUUCAGAUUUUUUAUUGCACAUACAACAUGAACAGACAGGUGACAGAAAAGCACAAUGAGAAGUGCUGUCGCUGGUGUUGUUUUGUUUGACACAAGUUCAGAUUAGCUCAGGCUCUCAGAGCUCUGCUCGACAACUACUGCUUCUGAAAUGAUAUUGUUAAAGCAUCGUCCAGCAGUCUUCAUUAGAUUUGUUUAUUUUUGGGUUAUGGGUAAAUUAUAUGUAACUUAAGACAUCCAAAAUUCAUUGCCUGGUGAAAUGAGUGCUUCACCGCACAUUUAGAUAAGAUGAAGAAUGUCCCUCUCAGCUCAGUCUGCCCUGCCAGCCUGACCUCAAGUCAGCAAAUGCUGUCAGAUGGAGUCUGGCUGAGAGAGGUUUGGUAUCUAAAUCUCUCCAAGUGCUCUCUUUAAGUGCAUUAAGGAACCAUAACUGUGUGCCUGCAGGUUUUAGCUACAGAUUUUGCAUACUAUCAUUUUUGCUGACCAUUUUUGAACGCACGCUGUACAGUUUUAGAUUUUUGUAAACAAUUUCAGCCUCUGGUUUCCAUUCAUUUCUGUUUAAAAAUAAAUCAGCAGACUCGAGAAACUUGUUUAAGUUGUGUAGUUAAUCACAGUGAACAUCGGCUCUCUUGUUAUUUCUUGUAAAUGUUAUAUUAACAUUGAAUGCAUUUUACGUUACACAAAAGGAUGUUACUGACAGAAUGAACACAGACUGACGGCUCAAGCUAAUUUCUACAGUGAUUGAUUUUUAUAUGUAAUUAUUGAAAGCAAGUUGCUGCCUGGACAACAGUCUGACCUGCACGAUGAUGACCUGAUGAGGUGUAAAAAGAAGACUGGUGAUACGAUACUGACGCAUAUUGUGAUGAGGACAGUGCGUCUGGUACGGUGGCCCUGAGGGUCAGCAUUUCACAAAACACUACAAAAUGUCACAAAACACAAUAACACUGCAGAAAACAUGACGUUUCACAAAAUACUUCAACAUUUCACAAAACAUGACCUUUCAAAUUACGACAUAAAAAACAGCAUUUCACAAAACACUACAUUUAAUGAAACACGACAGCGUUUCACAAAAUACAUUAACACUGCAGAAAAAAAAAUUACGUUUCACGAAAUACUUCCAACAUUUCACAAAACAUGACCUUUCAAAAAAUGACAAAAAAACCCUGCAUUUCGCAAAACGCUACA